GCGCCUGCUGCGCUGCCCCCGCCGCGCUCGCGGCUCAUCCUGGAGCGCGUGCUGGGGCUCACGGCACUGAGCAACGCGGCGGUGGCCGUGAACCCGGUCUCGGGCGAGCUGGCGUACGCGGCCGGCUGCAUCGUGGUGAUCUACAACCUGCGGCGCAACAAGCAGGUGCGCUACUACCGCGUGGACAAGAGCGUGGCGUGCCUGAGCUUCUCGCCCAACGGCCAGUUCCUCGCCAUCGGCGAGCGCGGCUACCUGCCGGCUAUCACCAUCUGGGACGGCACGGACGGCACGCUCUGCGCCGAGCUGCAGCGCCACCAGUACGGCGUGGCGUGCAUGGCCUUCAGCCAGGACGGGCGCUUCCUGCUGUCCGCGGGGCUCGUGCACGACCAGCCCAUCUACGCCUGGGAGCUGAAGACGAAGAGGAAGGACGCGGCGCGGCGACUGGAGGUCGAAGCUGUGGGCUGCGCCGUCGUGGAGGACAAGAUCCUGGACGCCGACUACUGUCAGGCGGGCAACUUCUUCGUCACAGUCGGAGAGAAACACUUCAAGUACUGGUUCCUUGAUGACAACGGGUCCUUUUUGGUGACCGGCCUGCACGUGAAUGACCUCCCUGAGCUCCAGCACCGAGACGCCGUCGUGAAUGCCAAGACGUCGGCGACAUUUACAGGUGUUGGGUGCGGUUUUGGAACUUGCGAGCUGAAGACGUUCGCUGUCACUUCGGACGGAACGCUCUGCUGCUUUGGCGCAUCGGGCAUCAUGGAGCGGUUGGUGUCGUUGGAGUCGAAUCGUGGAAAUACUAUCUCUGUUACGGAGUCUUAUGUGGCGGUAGGCGGAUCAAGUGGAGUUGUGCGAUUAUUUAGCCCAGCGACGCUGGAGUACCGUGCGACUCUACCCUUUCCUCCGGCGUUUGGUGCCGCAAAUGACCCGCCGAAUCGCACCCCAUCGCCUACUGUUCUGUAUCCAGCGGAGCCUUUCCGGUACCCGGCCGUGAUCGCCACACGCAUCACUGGUUCCCAUGUGAUUGUAUUCUACAGCGACCGGAGCAUUUUCAUCUACGGCACGACAAAUCCAGACGCUGUCACACUUGAGCGAUCAUUCUUGUAUCAUAGUGGAGGAAUUCGUGACUUGCAGGUGGCCGGCUCUGUGCGAGGCGUGAAUGCGAAGGGGAAACUGGUAUACAGUGAUGAUAGCUCAGCUGGAGGGGUGUCUGCAGAUAUUAUCCCGACUGGGACGUUUGUGACUUGCUCAGACGACAAUACUGUCCGACUAUGGCACCUCGAGCUGCAUCGACGACCAGUGAAGUCGAAUCGUUUCGAGCCCACUGACGUGUCGGAGCACGAGCAUUGGAAAAAUCCCUACAGCCAGGAAAUGCUUGGGAUAGUUUACAAUGAUCAUGUGCGAGACUUCGAAGACGAACAGUGCGUCGUACUUGGAGGCACAUGCUCCCACGAGGCUAGCUACAGUGUACAUUCUCCACCCACCGACCUGGGAAGGAACAAGGGAUUCAGAGCUGUUGCCGUUCGCUCAGAUCAAAGGGAAAUCGCCUCGGGAGACCAAGACGGGAACGUUGUGGUGGCACCUGUGCCAUUGGAGAAAUCUGUCAUUCGAAUCGGUGCGCAUAGCUCCAAAGUGAACUGCCUUGCUUACAGCGGACGGAACGCUGAUGGCGCUAUAUUCAUGGCGUCUGGAGGGAAAGACCGAUUGAUCCAAGUGUACGAUUGUCAGAGGGGGCAUGCUGUUCUAAGCACGCUGGAGAGCCACUCAGCCGCGGUUGCAGGUGUAUCCUUAUCUCGUGAUGGCAGCACGCUCUCUAGCUGUGGAGCUGACAACGCGGUUUCGAUCUCGAAACUUGAUGCCAAGGGCGAAGUGGUCGAGUCUAAAAUGUUGCCAAUCGCCGAUGGAAAAGUCUUUGACACGGUUUUGCUCCCUGAUACGGAUACGGUUGUGGUGUGCUGCACGAAUAAGCUGGAGGUUAUCAACACUAGUACUGGGCAGCAGAAUACACUUGUUGUUGGCGAGCAGCAUCACAUCGCGCUUUGCCCCGCUAAGUACUGCGUAGCCAUGAGUGGAUCUCUAGCUGAUAAAACAAUUUACGUGAUAGAUAUGAUUACUGGAGAAACUCUAGCGACCGGUACGGGCCAUGGAGAGGCAGUCACAGCGCUGAAAUUCACACCCGACUGUAGGCGGUUGCUCUCGGCAAGCAGUGAUGGCUGCGUAUUUCUCCCUCAAGAGAUACAAUUGCUGGGGACCUGCCGUCUGCGCUGCCACCUCCAGCACCCCCGAUUU